UUUCUUGAUUCACUUUAAUCUUUUAAUUACAUUUAAUUUUAGCAUAUUGUUAUGUCUGCUUACAAUUGUUAGUUUUCACAUGGAGUCCUUCUAUAGGGUAUUGCAGCAUCUAUUCUUUAGGGUUAUUUGCAUUUAUCUAAUUCUGCAUACUCUUCAUGCAUGUGCAACCAGGGUAAAGUCUAACAUACAUGCUGCACUUUGCUUGCAAAAAAUUCAAGUAAGCAUACACAGCUCUUGAGAAUCAGAUGUCAAAAUCUUCUCAAAAUAAUAAAAUGAAAGGGACAAUGUUAGGCUUUUCAGUUUUUAUAUAUUAUGUUUACAUGUGGGUUUUAUGGCAUAAAUGUUUUGGCGCAGAUUCAAAUUUGGUUUUUCUGCAUAAUUUUGAUGUUUUGAAAUGACUGGUUACCAAUCUUAAACGUAGAAUCUUAAAAUCAAAUGCUCAUUUCCUGUUACUUUUUUUUUGGUUUCUCAUGUUCACUUAGUUUCUAAUGGCUCAUGUUGCAGAGUGUCUUGUCGAAACCAGCAGGGAGUAACAUGUCAAAGCCAGAGGGAAGUAAGGUGCCAAAACCAAAGAGCUCAUCAAAAAAGCAUUCAUCAAAGUCGAAGGUGAAGUUUGAAAAGAGUGUCUUGUCGAAACCAGAGGGGAGUAAUGUGCCAAAACCAGAGGGUCCAUCAAAAAAGCAUUCAUCAAUGUCGAAGGUGAAAUUUGAAAAGGGAACAGAAGUGGAGAUCUGCAGUGAUGAAGCAGGUUAUGUUGGUGCUUGGUUUGUUGCAACCUAUGUCAAAAAAGUAGGGAAUAAGUACUUGAUUGAGCAUAAGCACUUCUUCACAGACGAAACUGAGACUGAGCACCAUAAAGAAAAGGUGGAUGCUCAGCACAUCAGGCCUCUUCCUCCUGAGAUUCCAGUGGUUAACCGUUUCAAACGUCUUGAAGAAGUCGAUGCUUGGUACAGUGAUUCUUGGUGGGUGGGUGCAAUCUCCAAAGUUCUUGACAAUUCAAAGUACUUGGUAUACUUCAGGAACACUAAAGAAGAAUUGGAGUUUGAACAUUCUAACUUGAGGCAUCAUCAAGAUUGGAUUGAUGGCCAAUGGAUUAGGGCUGCCCAGGUAUGAUUCCUUCAUACUCUCAGUUCUCAUUUUCUUUGCGUCAUAUAUGAUAUUGUGGCAGUAUAGCAUUCCUCAAAUGCUACUGUCUCCACAACCCACAAAUAUAAGCAGUCGAUCCUUUUAAAAAUUCUCUUAAAUUUGCGUUGUAUGAAUCUUCUUUAUUUUCUGAGAUCAUUCCAAGCAGUUCAACUUCAAUCUUAAUCUGUUUUUAGCAAGAACCUGUGUUUUCUUUACAAGAACUUCCUAUGGGUGUUGAUAUUUGGCUUGCUGGGCCCCUUUACAGGCUUUAUCCUUGUGAUCGUGGAUGGAGUACAGGAAUUUGUAUGGUGACCUUCCAUCUUGUGACACAAUGUUUGUUCCUGCACAUCGAGACUCGUCUUUACUACUUGUAAUUCUAGGCUGUUUGGAUUUUUAGGAUAUCAUUACUGAAUACAUGAUCAUGGGUUUUUGAAAUUGUGACCCCUCAUGUAUUGUUU